GUGGGUUUUGCCGAUAAGAUAGAGCCACCGUUUUCCUUCCUUUCCCCUCCUUUUCCCCCCUUCUUUCCUAUUUCUCUCUCCCUCUCUCUAAAGGGAAAAAAAAAAAAAAUUUAUUUACUCAAAGACGUCUCUCUCUCUCUCUCUCCGUGAGUACAAAUUCCCAGGAGCUCUCUAGUCAUGGCCGCCCGGUUGACAAACGCCUUCUGUGACAGUUUCCCUUUACUUCUUCCCUAGUCCCUUCAUUGCCUCCAUUCAACAUCAAAAAUCAAAAUUCCCCCCCCCAAUACAUACGUAUAUAUAAAUUCAUUCCACUCUGCCCCCACACCCACAAAUGCCCUCUCUCUCUGAUCAACAAUUAUGCCUUCUUCUUCUGGAGCAUCCACGAGCAAUAACAAUGGCGGCGUUGGUGUUUCAUUCGAAUCCUUUCUAGAAGGCUGGCUGGUCCGUCAAGAGCACUACCUGGACGAGCUCCUCACCGCCCAGCAAAACCACCACGAAUCCCACGAGCGCGACCUCAAAGACUUAAUCUCGAGGGUCCUCUCCCACUACCAGCAAUACUACGAGGAGAAGUCCCGAGCCGCCCAUUGCAAUGUCUUCAUCGUCUUCUCCCCCACCUGGUUCACUCCCUUCGAGAGGACCUUCUUGUGGAUCGGCGGCUUCAAGCCCGGCAUGGCGUUCAGCCUAGUGGAGACUGCCGUCGACGACCUGACCCAGGACCAGCGCCGGCGGGUCGCCCGUCUGAGGCAGGAGACCAGGGCGGAGGAGAAGGCGCUGACGGACCAGCUGGCCAGGAUUCAGGAGAGCGUGGCGGCGCCGCCGGUGGUGGAGCUGGUGAGGCGGGAGGGGCAGGGGCAGGGGCGGAGGGAGGGAGAGGAGGGGGACACCGACGCCGUGGUGGAGGCGCUGCGGGCGGCGAUGGAGGGGGUGCUGGGAAGCGCCGACACGCUGAGGACGAGGACGGCGGAGAGGGUGGUGGAGAUUCUGAACCCGGUUCAGAAUGUGAAGUUCCUGGCGGCGGCCGCGCAGCUGCAGCUCAAGAUCAGGAUGUGGGGCUUGCAGCGGGAGAGGGGCCCAGCACCCGCGGCAUCUGGGUUUACUACUUGAUCAUUAACAUACAUACACACACACACAUAUAUAUAUAUAUAUAUGCUUUUGGUUAGGCUUGGUUUGGGUGAUGGUUUAUGGUGGUGGUGUAGGAAGGAAGUUCGUUCUUAAGAGAGUUGAGAAGAAAGAAAUGAUGAAAAAUGUGAUUGCUUCAUGUAUGCUCAAAAUCCUCACUUAACCAAGAGGAAAGAGGCGGGGUGUGAACCCUUCCCCUUCCCCUUCCCCUUGUUAAAUUCAGUUAAAUAUUUACUAAAUUUUAAUUA